UAAUUUCGUUCAAACAUGGCUUCACGAGGCUGCAAGUAUCCUGCAGAUGCAUUUUUUUAUGUCUGCGGAUAUUUUAUCAAAACAAAAGCGAAAAAGUACUCCUUGGAAACAUGUUUUAAAAUGUGCGAAGCUUACAAUGCUUAUUUCGGCAUGCCUGUGGGUGAUCAAGACAAAUCCUGGGCACCUCAUUUCGCCUGUGAAAACUGCAAAAGGACUUUGGAAGGAUGGUACAGAGGGGAAAAGAGAGCUAUGAAGUUUGCUCUGCCAAGAGUUUGGAGAGAACCCACUGACCAUUCAAGCAACUGCUUUUUCUUUCCACACAGCUCUGGCCUCCCCGUUCCUACUCCUCCAGAGAAAGAGCAGGUGUCUUCCUGUGAGAGCCCUGAUUCCAAGAGUGAGGAAGACAAUGAAGGUGAAGGAUUUAAUUUACUAGCUGAUAACAGAAACCCAUACUAUCCCAACCAAAAGGACAUGAAUGAUUUGAUCAGAGAUCUUGGUCUCACCAAGUCCAAUGCUGAACUUUUGACGUCCAGACCCAAAAGAGUGGCGCCUCUUCAUUGA